GAACCAGAGGGGCACAUGACCUGUCUGAUAGCGACACCCGCAGGGAAGACCGUUACUACUGGCUCUGCAGGCAGCUUCGCCAUCUUUGCGCUUACAACGAUCGAGCUAACCUGCCUAGCACCCUAAUACAGUCUUGGGACAGGGAAGAUACAAGAAAAGGAUAACCAUUAUUUUUGACUGCAUUACAUCCGCCUCUUUCAGCGCCGCUUCUCCGUCUUUUUAGCAGAUCUAGCCCCUCUACUCUACACCCUCACAGCCUUCCUGCCGCAUCCGCACGGGCUCACCAUGGGAUCCAUACCACAGGAAAGCUGCCCGGACGCGUUGGAACAGCUCCUUUCGGGGCUCCCUUCGCAGCACCUCGAGCCCCUGUGGCUCAAGAUGGACGCGAUGGUGCCUGCCUCGCCCAAUCCCGUCGCAAAGGCGCACCUGUGGAAGUACGAGGACGCACUUCCCCAUCUUCUCCGGGCCGGGAAGCUUGUACCAGCCGAGUCGGCAGAGAGAAGAGUGCUGAUGCUCGUGAACCCGAGCAUGGCGGCGCCCUGCACGACUGAUACGAUCUACGGCGGCCUACAGCUCGUCAACCCGGGGGAAGUGGCGCCCGCGCACCGGCACAUCGCAUUCGCGGCGCGCUUCAUCAUCGACGGGUCCGGCUUCACGGCGGUCGAGGGCAAGCGGAUGAGCCUGGCGCGCGGCGACGUCAUCCUCACGCCGACGUGGCACUGGCACGACCACGGCAACGAGAGCGACGCGCCCGUCAUCUGGCUCGACGCCCUCAACCUGCCGCUGUUCCGCUAUGCGCGCGUCAACUUUGCCGAGGGCUACGACGAGAGCCGGUACCCGAGCGAACCAGCCAACCCGCCCGAAUGGCGCCACCCAUGGAAGCCCGUGCAAGAAGCCCUGGACGGCGCCGGCGUUCCCCACGCGACGCACCACUACCGGACCCCGGACGGCAAGCACCUGUCGACGACCAUCGGGAUGCAGGCGGAGCGCAUCGCAGCGGGGUGCACCACCGAGGUCAGCCAGCACUCGAGCUCGUUCCUCUACCACUGCUUCGAGGGCACGGGGAAGACGAUCGUCGAGCCGCCCAACGGGAACGGGGAGCGGGUCGUGUUGGAGUGGAAGACAAGAGAUACCUUUGCUGUGCCGGCUUGGUCGCGCAUCCAGCAUGUUAAUACUUCAGCGACGGAGCCGGCGUACCUGGUGGCGGUCAACGACAGGCCGUUUUUGGAGCUUUUGGGGUUGACGAAACCGGGGCUAUGAGGGGUUGUAAUGCGCACCAUGUAAUAGAGAGUUAGCAAUGUCUUCCAUAUACAAAUUUCCAGGAACAUGAGUGGAU